AUGGCGGAGGACAUGGUGGCGGGGCCGCGGCCGUGUCAGUGGGCGCGGGUGCGGGGGCGGGCGCGGGCGUGGCGACUGCCGGAGGAAGGGUUCAUGGCGGCGGCAGAUAAUGCACUGCCAUAUCCAAUGCAGGAUGCCUACCUCGAGGCUUAUCAGUUGUCACACAACCAAAAUGGUGCGUGCAGAACCUUUUUGGAUUUUGUAAAGUUCUCCAAUCUGAAUGUGCCUAUCGAGUUUGUGCUAGAGUACCAUGUGAAUUUUGGUAAUCCUGAUAUUGAUGAGAAACCACCAAUGUCAUUGGAGGAGAUGCUUCAGAAGGAAGUUGUGAAAGAUGAAUCACUUGAGCACCCCAUAUGA